AAUUGUCAAAGAGAGAAGUGCGAGAGAAGAAGCGAUAUGCGGCUCGGUCGGCAGCUGGGUUCGCAGUCCGUCUCCUGGAAUUAGUGGAUGAAUGGGAAGGGAGCGGCUGUAGCCUCGAACCAGGGAACAGAAUAUACUGUGUAGAGCCUGCGGUGGCAUACAAUGGAUACUUGUCCGUCUCUGAAGGUGAAAGAGUGAACAGAUGAGGUGGUGGACUUCUUCCUCAGCACACACAGAGACGUCACCUUGCAACGUUCAUCCGUGGGAGGAAGGGAAAGACUUUGGAUUGUUUGUUGCCCGCAGGAGGAAUUCAAGUGACCGCAGAGAUCCAACAGAGACAAAUGUGACAACUAUCAAGAAGAAUCGGACCCCGCCUUCUUGACAUGAGUCACUAUGUGUUUGGAUACCUGACCUGACCAAACGACUGAUCCUGUUACUGCCUCUUCUUCAUCGUGCUCUCUAUUGGCUGCUUCUUCAUCGUGCUCUCUGAGUGUGAAUGUGUGGCCUUGAGGUUUUUUCCGAGGGACCAUAUGGCACAAUACCACAAGAUAUAGGUCCCCUUUCUAUGAACUAACAUGGACAAAGUGGUCAUCAGUCUCCUGCUUCUGGGAACCGCAAUUACGAUGGUCCAUGCAUGUCCCAAAUACUGCGUCUGCCAGAACCUCUCUGAGUCUCUGGGGACUCUAUGCCCCUCCAAAGGCCUGCUCUUUGUCCCAAUGGACAUUGACCGGCGAACUGUGGAGCUCAGGCUGGGUGGCAACUUCAUCCUCAAGGUCACCACCCAAGACUUUGCCAACAUGUCAGGUCUGGUUGAUCUCACCUUGUCCCGUAACACCAUCAGCACCAUCCAGCCUUUCUCUUUCCUCGACCUGGAGACCCUGAGAUCCCUGCACCUCGACAGUAACCGGUUGACUGAGCUGGGACCGGAUGACCUUCGAGGGCUGGUCAACCUGCAGCACUUAAUCCUCAACAACAAUCAGCUGAAUUUGAUCGCCAACCCAGCCUUUGACGACUUGUUAGUGACACUGGAGGAUCUGGAUUUGUCGUAUAACAACUUGCGCAAUGUGCCUUGGGAAGCCAUCCGCAAGAUGGUCAAUCUCCAUCAGAUGAGUCUGGAUCAUAACCUCAUUAUCUUCAUUGCAGAGGGGACUUUUAUAGAUCUGGAUAAACUGGCUCGCUUGGACCUCACCUCCAACCGUCUCCAGAAGCUCCCUCCGGACCCCAUCUUUGGGCGCUCCCAGAGCAAUAUAGUGAUGACCACUCCUUAUGCACCUCCACUCUCUCUAAGCUUUGGUGGAAACCCAUUGCACUGCAACUGUGAAGUGCUUUGGCUUCGAAGGCUGGAGCGUGAGGAUGAUAUGGAAACUUGCGCUUCUCCGAAUAGUCUAAAGGGGCGCUACUUUUGGUCUGUUCGUGAGGAGGAGUUUGUUUGUGAGCCCCCUCUGAUCACGCAACAUACACACAAGUUACUAGUGCUGGAAGGCCAAACGGCUAGCCUGCGCUGCAAAGCAGUCGGGGAUCCGAUGCCAACUGUGCAUUGGGUUGCUCCUGAUGACCGUUUGAUCAGCAACUCCUCCCGAGCAACGGUAUACGAAAAUGGCACCCUGGACAUUACAAUCACCACAUCCAAUGAUUACGGGACUUUUACUUGCAUCGCUGCCAAUGCUGCGGGAGAAUCUACAGCCUCCAUUGAGCUGUCAAUCAUUCAACUCCCCCAUCUGAGUAAUGGUACAAACCGUACCACACAGUCCAAGUCGGGGCUUUCAGACAUAACUAGUUCUACCAAGAUCAGUAAAGGGGAACCUAAACCUCUACCAGAGAAAGUGGUGUCAGCAUCAGAAGUGACUGCCGUCUCUGCUCUGGUCAAGUGGUCUGUCAGCAAAUCAACUCCAAAGGUCAAAAUGUAUCAACUUCAGUACAAUUGUUCUGAGGAUGAAGUCCUCAUUUACAGGAUGAUUCCCAUGACUAACAGAGCCUUCGUAGUCACAAAUCUUGUCCCAGGGAUGCAGUAUGACCUCUGUGUCUUGGCCAUCUGGGAUGACACCGCCACCACCCUCACUGCCACCAACAUCGUCGGCUGUGUCCAGUUCAUCACCACGGAGGACUACCCGCAGUGCCAGUCUCUCCACAGUGGCUUCCUGGGUGGCACUAUGAUCCUGGUCAUCGGGGGCAUCAUUGUGGCCACGUUGCUGGUGUUCAUUAUUAUCCUCAUGGUGCGGUAUAAGGUGACAAGUGGCAUCCAGACUGAUAAAUUACCUGCUGUGAGCAACACGUACUCGCAGACCAAUGGGGGGUUGAACAGGUUCAGCGGUGCCCCGCCACAGGUCAAAUCCACAGUGGUGGUCAUGCGUGAGGAAAUGGUAGAGUUCAAGUGUGGAUCCCUGCAGAGUAGUCUCUCUUCAUCCUCAUCCUCUUCUAACUCAUUAGACAGCCGAACAGGAAGGGGGGCUGGCGACCGCUACAGCAUGCAGGGCAGCGAAUGCAGCACCCUACCCAGCAGCAAGUUCAGGAGGCACGGGCACGGUGCCAAAGCACGGCCAAACCUGGACCACCUUUUAGGGGCCUUCACCUCACUGGAGCUGCGAGGGGUCACGAGGGACCACCAUGUGGCUUCUGGCCCCCCCACCACUUCCAAUGCUAUGAUCACAGUGGCUAUCGUACCCCCGUCCGAUAAAGAACCCCUGCUCGGUAGGGCUGAGUCCACCACCAUGCUGGGACGUCUUUUAGGGAUGCCCCAGGAGGGUAAGCCCAAGAGGAGCCACUCGUUUGACAUGGGUCAUGUGGGGGCCGCACAGUGUCGCGGCAGCCACCCUCGCAGAAUCAGUAACAUCUGGACUAAGCGCAGUCUGUCUGUUAACGGCAUGCUGCUGCAGUAUGAUGACAGUGAGGACGAGAAGCCCACUUUUGAGAGCUCUGAGUGGGUGAUGGAAAGCACAGUUUGAGUGGGUCUAACUACGAGGUCCAUGGCCAAUAUCAGGAACUAAAAAGGAACAUGAGUGCUGAGGCAGGAUGUUGCAGAGGGAAUCUGCCUUUGGGUAUUGCAUGAAAUUCAUCCAUGUGAAUACAGUCUAAAUAAUAUGUGAGACAAGACACUCAAAUCAAUAGAUUCAUGGCCAUGAUCUCAAAUCUCUGACAGUGUCUGACUGUAUUUGAAAUAUUGUUCCAUCUCAAAACAACAUCAAAUCUUGGAUUGUGCAGAGGGAAUACUUUCCCGUCCACAGGGCAAGUGGCUCCAAGAGAAAGACGGUAAAAAAAGAUGUGAAAUUCAAAGUGGAUUUACUACGUCUUAAUCGAAAGAACUGAAUGCCAAGAGGAUUUGCUUCGGCUGUGGUGAACUGAAUGUGCGUCACAAUGUCUUGGACCCUCAGCAUGAAAUGGGACUACUGCAACAGUAAAUGGGACUACUGCAAUAGUAGAGAGAAGGACCAGAAGAGCGAAUAGAACAUUAAAACAAAGUCAUUUUUAUUUUCAUCUGGGUUUUUCUAUAAUUUUUACUAUUUAUUAUUUGAGGUGAUUCAUCAGCAGGCACAGCUCUUUAAUGAGGUUAUAAUAUACACACACACACACAGAAGAUAUCCCUUCACAUCCCUCCAUAGUAUUUCCAGUCAAAUUUCAAUCAAUCACAAAAUGAAAACUUAUUGUUCAAACAAUAAGGUCUUGUGCUCUUGAAAUCAGUAACACUGAGCCACAAUAAGCCAGUUUUGUAUUUCUACCUCAGGUAUGUAUCAUAUGAGGUUAUUAAAAUAUGAAAGUGAAUGGAAAUACAACAAAAACCCAAAUGCACAAGAGGAUCGCAAACAGCUCAAAACACAAAGUUAUUCACUUGUUUGCAAAUGCUUCAAAGAAUGAUUUAGUCUCCAGCCAAUCAAAUUGAGUUUGUUUCCAACUCAGGUUUAAUUCCUGCUGUUACAAAGUGUCUUUUUGAAUGCUUUGAUAUGCUCCCCAUUGGCCAAGCUGGUGACAGUGGACCCUAUAGGCUCACAGGCCAUUGAUGUAAACAGAGCGUUAGCCUCAGGAUACUGUUUCAGAUGCUAUCAGCGCAUAUUACAGUCGGUAAUAGUCUUUGAAAUCCAUCAAGGCCACAUAACCAUUUGUUUAUCCUCACAGCAGGAUGUAUUCGGCUCUAAUUCUCUUUAGGUAACACAAACAAGGGAGUACGACAAUUCUCAUUUAGACAGGUUAAAUGGUGGAAUGAGUCCAAAUUUACUUUUAUUAGCUUGAGAAGGGUCAUUACGCUGCUCAGGAUGUUAAGUGGAGAAAUGGGAGAAAGAUAACUUUUUAACGGCCAAACAGCUGGAAACUCUCUGGAAAUCUAUUUAACCAGAUUGUGUGAUACAGAAUCUUGGUUGGUUUUUGUGUUAUUUGAAUUGAUUCAUCAAGAGGAACCAUUAGUCUUUUAUCGUCUUUCAUACGGAGCUGUACAUUGCAGUAAGAUACUCUGAAUUAGUGGCUAUUUGGAUUACUGCCAAGACAUCCCUACACAUUUUGAUGCCUUUCUCGAUAUCUUGUGGGUCUCUGCUGCAUUUCAAAAUGUGGGGUGGUCAUUAUUUUUUUUUUCAUCCCUAGGUGUACCGUUCUGUAUAUUGACAUUUCUUUGUACAAUAACUGGGUGAGAAUGUAAAGGGGGGGAAAUCGUGCAGUAGUACUUUUAUUUUCAUGUGAAGCAAACAGUGAGAAGGUGCUUUACUGUGAUGUACCAACUUGGUCAUUGUUAGUUGGCUCACUGAAAUGGGAUUUUACAUGAUACUACGUGUAAAAUACUAGCUGUUUUUAGAGGGUCAGUUCACCCAAAUUGCAAACAAAAAACACAUUUCCUGACAUAGUGGUUUGUAGCUAUGAAGAUACUCUUUGUUUAUUUGCCCAGGUUUUGAGAUAUCCCUAUAUAUUUUACUAUAACGUUUAUACUGCAGUAGCGAUCUAUUUUAUACAUCUGGUUGUGUUCACUCUUUGUGGGAAAUUUGCAAAUCAACGAGCAGGACUGCAAUAAAGCAAUAUUGGAUUAUUAUAGGAUUUUUCUUUAAUACAAUUGCAUAAGUCUGGGUAUAUUCUAUAUUUUUCUCAUCAUGAAAAUAUCAAAACCAACAAUGAGUUGAUCCUUCUAACAAGUAUUUUCUGAAAUAUGUUAUUGUGACAUGCUCCUUUGUUACCAUGAACAUGAGUACUUUUGUUUAUUUUGAGUAGUUCCCACAAACAGUACACCUUCCUGCCACAACAAAUGUGCUAUUUACUCCUGUUUGAAUAACAUUUACUAAAGAAUAUUGUGCCCAGCUGUUUAAGUAAGAACUCCAUAUUAAUUAUUCACAUGGCCUCAUGGAGAGCCACAGACAGGGUCAAGAAGUCAGAAAUGAUUGAGAGACAGCAUACACAUUGUUGUUUUUUAUCUUUUCAUGGAAUUUGUUGUUGUUAAUGAAUACAUAGAAUAUCACCAACCUUAUUUAAUUUGUCAUGUAUAAGUUGUCGGUAAUGGAUAGUGUAAUGAGAGGCUUUUAGCCAGUAAAAAAGUGUGACAUUUGUCUAAAGUAAACGUGGAGAAUUAGGUGUUAUGAUAAUAAUUGAAUAUUGACUUGACUUUUAAUGGAGUACAAUACAAAAAGAUUCCUCUGGAAAUAUACAACUAACUUAACUCUCUACCUAUGAAUUAGUGGAAUUCCAUACAUAAAAUUGUUUUACAAAAAUGUUUAGAGUACUUUGACAAGCGCAAACAAAACUCCUUUUCCUUCGAUUGAUUCAGGGUGGAGGCAGACAUUUCAAAGAUGGAUAUCUCUAAACCUGUGUGAGAAAAAAACUAAAUGUAUGGAUAGGUACCACUUGAGAUAAAUAAGAAAAUGUGUUGUUUUUUGUCAUUUGUGUGAACUGGCCCUUUAACCGGCUUUCUCUACCUGUGACAUCAUGUAACAUCCUCUUUCACUCUGCUGACUGAGAAUACAAUUUAAGUGUGUACUUGACUCGACAUAGUCUUGACUCUGACCUGAGGUUCUAGGACAAAAACAAGAAAAAAAAAACUGUUUCUGUGUGAAAAAAUUUUGCUACAAAAGAAUAUAAAAUAUUGAUUAAUUCCU